GUAUCUUUAUAAUUACUAGACGCUUAAGAAAUCCUCGGCUUCUAGCACUUAGUUCUGCCACUCGUGUCAAUUAUCUAGAACAUCCUGUAGCUUGUAUAUAAGCCAACCAACGAAACCUUUCGUAUACAACUUACACGCCAUACCUACUAUAGAACGGGCCUGGUCACUCUCAUUCAAGGCUUUCGGCUCAGCUUUUCAGAAUUUAACGAUUUCCUCGAAGCAAACGACCUACCGCCGUUAGAAGACGGUUAUCCUCCAUUCAAAGAAGAGGCAGAGGAUAUCGCUAAGCUCUUUAGAGCUAAGGGAAUUAGUUGCGAGGUGAAGAUUUUCAUGCCGUACGUGGCCGGAUAUGACCGUUCACACAACUUAUUCAUUUGCUGCAAUUGGCUCCAUGUCCUUGCCUCAAGAGACAUUAAGGACGCGUUACGAAAGCCAGUGCCGCCCGCUUUUGGAGAGCUGUGCAAGUCCCUUCAGCCGAAGUCAAAUGUCUCGGUACAUAUCGUAUAUAACGAUGAGGAUGACUUCUCAUAUAUUCCAGAAGAGCUGGCCAAGCGCUACAUGGUACCGAUUCAGUGUGGGAUGUGCGAGGUGGGUUUCGAUUCCUGGGACGAUCGGAUGCGACAUCGCCGGGACGAGCAUAAAAUAAGCGAAGAGUAUAAUCCACUCCCUGAUUGCUAGAGUAUAGACAAAUUCAGCGUCAUGGAGAUAGCUUCCAUAAUGUAACGCCGUUCUAUACAAUAGCAACUCGUUCCAACGAGCUGCGAUAACAUCGUAAGGGCCAAACAGGAAAACGACAAAAGUGUAUUCAGCUCAUCUAGUGUAGCAACAACUAAACGAAUGAUAUACAUUGGUGUGCAAUGCAUGAUUUCUCGGAAACAAAUUACCACUACAUCCUUAUCUGUGCUUGGCCCAAUAUUAUAUUUCCAUAAACUUCCCAAUG